GUUUGGCAAAAGCUCUUCAAUGGCGCUGCGGAAUGCCUCGAUGCCAUGCGAUGACGCAGCGUGCUUGUCGGCGCUGUGCGUCUCGCGCGCGGCCGGCGUCAACUGGACCGCACUCUGCGCCGCACCGCACAGCGGGACGUGGGACUGCUGUGGCCACAAGAGCUACAAUCACGUGUUUCCGAUCGCGCUUUGGCUGAGCUUUGGCUGCGUCACGCUUUGGUACCACCUGCGCACGGGCCUUUUCGGCGAUCUUGUGCUUGGCGUCCAUGCACUGCACGACAUUCGGACACAAGCGCUUGGGGUGGUCGUCGCGCGCCAGAAACGUGUGAUUUUUGGCAAAAUGCGACGCGACCCGCGCCGUGUUCUCCUCCUCAUUUCGAUGGCGUACGAAGUCGUGGGCUUUAGCUACAUUCCUGGCCAGCUGCUUUUGUAUCAAUUCUUCAACAGCGGGUCGUUCGUGGGCCAAUUUUCAGGCGAACUGCAGUGGGCAAAAUGCAUCCUGGGUGCGAUGUUGCUUGUGUUGCUCGAGGCGUGGCCACCGCGCUGCUGGCCGCGGUCGUGGACCAGUGCCCGGGACAAGCUCCUCGCGCCGCUGCUCUACGAUGUCUGUUAUACGACAGUUCUCUACGGCGUCGUCGAUGUUGGUGGCUGCUGGAACGGCGCCGACAAUAUCCGACUACCGGACGGCACGAGUUGCGCCAACACGUCACGGUUUUGGCUCUUCCCAACAUUUGGGACUCUGCUUUUUAUCGCCUUCUACUAUGGUACGCUCGAGUACAAGCGGCGGCUGAGCGACGACAUCUUCUCCGUUCAGUUCCGCUACCACGCGUCGUUCAAUGGUGUUAUGACAGUCAUGCGCACCGCUGGGGUCCUCGGUUUCUACGCCGUCGAAAAAGCCAUGCUCGAGCUCGAUGCGCUCAUUGUCUCGGUCAGCGUCAGCAUUGUGCACGUGUUCAUCUUUGCAACUUUGCUUUACUACAACUACAUCCAUCAGCCGUGUUUAGGGGUCGGGUACCUCCCCAACAACCUGCGUAGUCUUUCGUUUGCGAGCGCUUGCUACUCGGGCACGCUCUUACUUGUUGUUUCCAUCAUGCAACUGAGUACGGUCGGAAACGAAUGGACGACCCACGAAAGCCUCUUUUUGAGUGUCGCUGCCGUCUGCUACGCGCCUCUGGCUAUUGUUGUCUGGCGCUGGAACUGCACCGCCGCGCUGCGCUACCAAGUGCCCGACGCAUCUCUUUUGGAACUGCUGCGACACAGUAACACCCGCGUCCGCGCCGUUGCCGCCGUGAGCAUGGUACUCGAAGACGUUGUUCUUGACCCUGUGGAGAUUCGUGCGCAGAUGCUCGCACUGCAUGCAACGCUGCAAGCGGCGCCCGACGCUGAAGAUGGGUGCGUCGCAGCGUACUCAUGUCAGGCGUUAUGGCACUUGUGGCGCCAUCGGUUCGAGCGCAACGAGCCUUUUCUCGAGACGCCAAAGCGACCGGCGGCGGGCUGGAAGUUUGGGUGCUGGGCGCACAGCCGCGAAUCGGGCCCGACACUGGCCCUUCUCCAGCCAACCGUACACGCAUUAGCGUCGGGUGCCACGACCCGAAGGACCACGCAUCGAACCUCUGACGCUCGCGUUUCGCGGCUCUCGAUCGUGGGCUCGCGACGCAUGAGCCUUGGGCGCCUCGCCGAGCAACUUACGUGUCGGAACGGUAUCAUGGGGAUUUUUGCACCCAUUGCUUUUGACGCUGGCAUGCACCGGUGUGCGACCUACGCCGUCGCCGUGCUUGCGUCACUCGUCCGGAGUCGGUACGCCAAAGCGCGCUUCAUUGCGGCCAAGAUUCUCUUUGAAAUGUACAAGUGCCGCGUGCUCCAGCUCACGAAAGACUCGAUCGCGUUUGUGGCGAUCACGCGGUUGGUGUCGUCACCUCGCCUCGCAGAUGCCGAUGCUGCGGCCGAGACACUGCGGCGGCUCCUGAACGAAGGCGACGGCGCCGAGCGCAAGCGGCUCUUGCUUGUGGCGUUCACCGACCACCUCAACGUGCUUCAUGUGACGCAAGCCAUGGCGACGAGCGAAUGGGAAGUCGAAGUCAGCGUCAUGCUGCUGCGGCUACUCUCUGAUGCACUUACACUGUGCAUGGUCAACGACACACAAAGCUCCGACAUUGUUGUGCCGCCGCCCGACCGCUAUUUGAGCAAAGCCGCGGUCGAGUACCUCGUGCAGGUCCAAGGCCGCUGGAAAGAACACCUCAUUUUCGGCAUGAUUGACCACGUACUCGUCGUCAUGCGACAGUGCUGCAAGCACCACGCGGCGCGGCGGCAGUCGGCCAGCGCAGUGAUGCCACAACCUUGGGAAAACACGCUCAUGGAGAUGCACGACUACAACAUCGUGCUGGAGCGCCAGCGCACGCGCGUGGACGUGCUCGCGUCUGUCCAGUGGGUGCUUGCCGAAGGGUAUCCGAGCCAGAAACAGCACACCGAGCUCUCGCUCAAGACGCGCCGGGUCCUCGAGUCUGUCUCGUCGCUCAUCGCGUCCCGCGACAAUGACCUCAUCGCGUAUUUGGAGAGUAACCUCUCCGAGCCGCAGCGCUGGUACCUCGGUGGCCUCCUCGGGUCGGUUAUCUACCAGCCGCAGGACGACAAACUUCCAUCCUAACAUCAAUGCGAUCCAAUGUUGUUU